AUGCGUUUUCAAAAACCUCUGGAAGUGGUCGAAAGAGUGUUUGGUGUUGAGACUGAUGAGAUAAACGUGUCAGUGAUGGAGGGAGAUUCUUUCACUCUCCGCACUAAUCGCACUGAAAUACAGAGCGAUGAUGAGAUCGAGUGGAGGUUUGGAUCGAGCAAAACUCGAAUAACAAGAAUAGCAGCGGGACACGUUACUAAAUAUGAUGACCAGAACUUUGGAGAUAGACUGCAGCUCGAUAGACAGACUGGAGAUCUCACCAUCUCAAACGUCAGUAAUGAACACAGUGGAGUUUAUCAGCUGAGCAUCAUUAUCAGGAAUAAGAAGUCAAUCACGCGAUUCAGUGUCACUGUUUAUGCUCAUCUACCCGUUCCUGCCAUCUUCAGUGACCCUUCACAGUGUCCUUUAUCGGCUGAAAGAUCAUCAAGGAUCGUCCUGUGUUCAGUGUUGAAUGUGAGUCAUGUGACUCUCUCCUGGUACAAAGGAACGAGUGUAUUGUCCAGCAUCAGUGUGUCUGAUCUCAGCAUCAGUCUUUCUCUUCCUCUGGAGGUGGAAUAUCAGGAUAACAACACUUACAGCUGUGUGAUCAACAAUCCCGUCAGCAACCAGACCACACAUCUGGACAGUGGACUCUGUCAGAUACGUACAGACUGCGACCUUUGUUUUGACACCACUGAAGCUGUGAUCCGAUUGGUUGUCACUGCUUUGAUGGGCGUGGCUGCUGUGGCUGCUGUUGUUCUUCUGGUUAAUGACAUCAGAAGAGUUGGAAGAGCACAGACAAUCAAACAGUGA